AAUUGACCAUGAUGUGGCCGAGGACUGCAGUUCGGAUUCCACGUAAACAAAGUAGGCUACGUCCGGAAUAGCCCUGGAAGCAAAAAGGUGACCCAUAAUCAAAAUAGAAGAAAUUGAAACAAUAGAAGGCAACCUAAAAAAUAUUUUAAAUAUCUCAAAUAAAAAUAUUUGAAAAUACACAUUAAUUUAAUAAUGGGAAGCGAACAUUCGCAAAUACCCGGAAUAGAUAUUGAAGAGAAAGUUAUUGAAGUUUCUGAUUUUUGGUCUCAGUAUUGUGCAUGUAUAGAUAAUAAUGUGAACAUAACAUUAUUUAUCGGGGACUUAUUUGCUAAUGAACCUUUUUGGAGUGCUAAUUCUGCUCUAGAAAAAUUUAGCAAAAACUUAAUGCUAUAUCGCCAUCCUUGCAUAAUCAAAUACAUUUCAUCAUGGCACAAAGGUACAAAAUAUUAUUUAGCUGUAGAAGAGGUACGGCCAUUAUCCCACGUUAUAUCAAAAAUGAAUACCAUGGAAAUAUGUCUUGGAUUACAUUCAGUACUUAAGGCGUUAUGUUUUCUUCACGAAAAAGCUAUGGUGUCUCAUAACAAUAUAUGUUACACUUCAAUUUUUAUCAAUAGAGAAGGCGGAUGGAAACUAGGAGGAAUGGAGUAUCUCUGUCGAUACAAGGAUUUAUCUGCAGAGUUUUUAAUUAAAUCUAGAAGUUAUAGAUAUAGUAAAGCGAUAGAUACUAAUGAAGACAAGCACAUUAAACAUUCCAAAACCCCUAAGGAUUUUUUAGAUGUAUAUGCAUUUUGUAUUCUAGUGAGGGAUGUAUUUAAAAAUAGAGAGGAAGACAAAUUAGGUGAUAUAUACAAUGUUACAGUAUUCAAAGAAUUCUGCAAAAAUAUAGUACAAAAUUCUGAUAUAUCCCAAAGACCAUCCUUAAAAAAUUUAUUAGAACAUGAGUUUUUCAAACAGAAAUUUAUAAAUAUUCAUUCAUAUUUGAUUGAACUGCCGUUAAAAUCUGAACAGGAGAAAACUGAAUUUUUUACCACUUUAAAACAGGAAUUAGAGACAUUUGAUGAAAAUGUCAUAGCAUGCCAGCUAGGAGAUCUAUUGGUAUCUAGAAUGGUACUUAUUAAUGAGACUGCAAGAAAACAUUUUUUACCAUUUUUAUUAGUUCCUAGAAAAGAAAAUUCUGAUGCAUUGUUUUCUGAGGAUACAUUUCGACAACAUAUUUCACCUAAAUUAUUAAAAAUAUUUUCAGUUAGAGAUGCCCAAAUACGUUUAACCCUCUUAGAAUAUCUGCCACAUUUCUUCAACUGCUUUUCUAAACAUGAUUUGCAAAUGUAUAUUCUACCAGAGUUGUUACUUGGAAUAAAAGAUACAAAUGAUGAUCUUGUCUCCAGAACGCUACAUAUUUUAGCAGAUCUUGUUCCCAUUCUGGGUGCUGAAACAGUUAUAGGUGGUAAGAGGGCAAACCUGUUUAAAGACAAUCGUCCUAAGACUCAUGAACUUCCAACUUUAAGAAAAAAUUCAAGAAACUUUAAACAAGAAAAUAUUGUAUCUGAAAUUAUAAACUCUAAUGUUGAUCAACUUAGUUUAACUAGUUCUAUGGUUGAGUUGAUGCAAAGCCAAAAUGAAUUGCCAGAAAGACCACGACCUGAUGGUGAAGAGGGGGAAUCAUCAGCUGAAGAUAUUGAACAAUCUAUAGAGGAAGAGAAUGAUAAUUGGGAAGAUUGGGAUAAUCCAGAAGAAGUUAAUGAGACUAAUUCUGAUAAAGGAAACGCAGAUAGUGAUAUUUCUGGAACUGAAAUUAACUUGGAACCAAUGGAUAGUCAUCUACCUUUGAGAGUGUCCAAACCAAAGAAACUACUAGAUAUAAAUGAAUUAGAUAUAAAAAAUCAAACUACCAAGUCUGAAGAACAAAAUGACAUGGACUUUUUCCAAGAUAUGGAACCUGUAAUCCAAACAAAUAAUAAAUAUUUAUUGGAAGAUAUAGAAGAGAAAGAUUUAUCUGUUGAUAGUAAAUUGUGUGCAAAUGAUAAUGGAAAUGAAGAUGGUUGGGGAGAUGGUUGGGAAUAGUGCUAUAUUUAGUCUUAAUUAUUAUAUUCAAAAUGUACCUUUUUAAUAUAUUUUAUUCAUAAAUUUUAAA